AUGUCUUUCGGCGCUAUCCCACCUCAGAUCCCCGUGGUCCCUGCUACCUCCGCUCCCUCCACCUCCGCGACUGCGUCUACUUCGACUGCUGCGGCUCCACCAGCGGAAGUCCCAGGUGCUCCAGUAGUAGGAGGAGAAGUGCUUCCUAAGCCUGUCACUCCUGCUGAAGCUAUCAGUACGGAACCUGCAAAGGCUUUGGACCCAAUUACCGAACCUACCAUUUUGGAUAAAGCUCAAGCAUUGGCCAAGCCCUACCUUGAAAAAGUAGAACCAUACGCUCAUAAAGUUCAAGAGGCUGCUAAGCCUUAUACGGAUAAGAUUGAAGCUAAGACUAAGGAGAUUAUCGAUAAGAUUGAGGGUAACGCGCCUUCAACCACCCCUGCUCCUACUUCAGCCAAUACCGCUGAAAAGAGCAUUGACAACGUUUCUGCCACGACCGCUGAAGCAGGUGAGAAGGCUAAAGGUAUCUUCGAGCAAGGUCUCACUGCUGUUCAAUCCACCUUCACUCAAAUCACCCAUACUAUCGAUGAGAAAACCUCUUCACCCACUCAUCCAGGAUUUAUCACCCAAGUGACCAACGCUGCCCACAAAGUCGGCGAAAAGAUCGAAAAGGCUUUGAACGAUGUUGACAACAAUACUACUCCUUCGGGUCACCCUGUACAAACUACGACUAACACCGUACCACACGUUAUCCCUGGUCCCCUUUAA